ACAAAAAGAAGAAAUUAGGUUAUGUUUAUAUAUAUUUAGUUUAAUGUAUCUUCAGUAAAAAUAGUUAUUUUAAAUAAAACACAAUUAGAAUCUAUUUAAAAUGAAUCAAUACACAAUGGAAGCAUUUUUAUUUACCCCUGAUUUUGGGGAAGAUAUGUAUCUGUUCAACAGCAGUAGUAGCAGUGAUAGUGAUUCAAACGAUGAAGAUGGAUGUAAUUGUGAAAGUGAUACAAAAACACCUUCAAUGAAAAGACUAAAAACUGAAGGGUUUCUUGAAAUGGAAGUUCCAUUACUCAAUGAGUACGAUUUCAAAUGUCAUUUUAGAGUUAGUAAAACUACUUACGAGAAAGUUUUGGAAUUAUUGUAUUAUGGUUUUAACAGUGAUCAUAAAGGCGGUAGAGAAAAAAUUACCCCUGAGAAAGCGACAUUCAUUUUAUUGUGGUAUUUAGGUAAUCAAGAAACAUUUAAACAAAUGUCUGAAAGGUUUAAGAAUACAAUGAGUUCUAUUCACGGUGUGAUCCAAAGAGCAAUUAAAAAAUUAAAUUCGUUAAUGCAAGAGCAAAUUCUAUGGCCUUCUAGUGCUGAAAACCCCAAUAUAUCUCAGCUUUUUGAAACAAUCAGUAAUUUAAAAGGUUGUAUAGGCGUACUGGGUGUUUCAUACAUAAAAAUACCAAAACCUAAAGAAGACGUAGCUAACUUUUAUAUGUGUGCACAGAAUUAUCCGUGUUUAGCUCUCCAGGGGGUUAUUACGGUCAAUGGUAAAUUCCUGGAUAUUUUUAUUAGCGGAGGAUCCAGUAAUACAGAACAACUUUUAUAUCAAUCGAAUUUAAUCACAGAAAUGGAAAACGGUUUAUUAGAUGACGACUAUUACCUUAUUGGUUAUGGUGAUUAUUUGAAUCGAAGAUGGUUGAUCCAACCUCUCCCCAACAAAGAAUCUCACAUAUUCAACGAAUGCCACGAUUCUGCGUCCCGAGUGUUUCCAGAAUCGUUGGGGUAUUUGAAAGGAAGGUUCCAGAGGCUUCAAAAUUUCGAAAAUAGAGAUAUGGCCAUUGUAACUCAGUGUAUUGAGGCCGCUUGUAUGUUGCAUAAUCUAGCUAUAGAUUGCGAGGACGACAACGAACCGUUUACUUAUACAGAUUCAGGUAUUUUUAAAAGUACCAAUGAGGAAUAUUGCAACAGUGAUGAAUGCGAUGACGGCGGCAGAAGACAAGAAUUGGUGCAGAGUUUGAUGAAAUUGGAAACUUGAGAUGAGAUUAUAAGGAUUCCUGUAUUAAUUUAAUCAAGAAAUAUGUUGACAAAAGUUUGAUUAAAACUAGAACACAAAGGUUCAAUUAUAAGUCACUUGAAAUCA